AUGAGUCAGAAUCAGAAUUCAAGUGGACAGACAGGCGAUAAUGAUGUACUGCAUCACAGCAGUGGUAUACGUAAUACGUACGGUGGAGGUGCUCAAGGUGGUCUUGGCCCAUAUCAACGUACACCUGCAAAUUAUGCUGGCGGUCCUGGUCCACAUGCCAACACACAAAUCACAUUACAUGCACAAAACGGUCAAACGAAACAGACAACUACCGAUGCACAAGGUGCAAUUUCAGAUCAAGAUCGGCAAUGGUUAGCGGACAAUGGCGGUGCGUUACCAAUUAGCUCGAUUCCUCCAGAAGAUAAAGCCGUUGUUGGUACCGGUACUAGGGCAGCCUCUCAAAUGAAUGCCGAUGCUAGUCAAGUUGGAACAAAACCGUUUGAUACACGACCACCUGGUUCAUUCAAUCCAAAUCAACAGGGAGGACAACAAGGUGGAAAUCAACAGGGAGGACAACAAGGUGGAAAUCAACAGGGAGGACAACAAGGUGGAAAUCAACAGGGAGGACAACAAGGUGGAAAUCAACAGGGAGGACAACAGGGUGGAAAUCAACAGGGAGGACAGCAAGCUGGAUUGAAUCAAAAUACUGCAUAUACCAAAGCCGAACUUGAUAACCGUGCUAAUCAAUUGAACCCAAAUAAUCCACGUUAUGGAGGUCAUCAGGAACGAUUAUUGGCUCAACAAGAAGCAGCGGAAGCACAAAUGCUGCAUCAACAAGCUUUGGCCACUGGACUCAAUAAUCCCAUGGGUCAACAGUUAGAGCAAACUGCACAAGCUGAAUUGAUGGAUGCACAAAUGUUAGCUCAACAAGCUGCAAUGUUAGCUGCACAACAGCAAAUACCAUUAGCUGCUCGAGUUCCUGGUGCAGCUGGUGGACGUGGACGAGGUCGAGGUAGAGGUAGAGGACGGGGACGAGGUCGAGGACGUGGUCGUGGAGGAAGUGGUGGUGCGGGAGGACAAGGUCAACAACAACAGCAGCAAGGUGAUGACAAUAACAAUGACGAUCAAGGAGAUUAUCAUGAAGGAGAUGAAGACGGGGAUUACGAUGAAGGAGACGAAGGUGAAGAUCAUGAAGAACAAACAGGAGCUGGUGAUACUCAACAAGGACUUCCGCAACGUGAUACAAGUAAACAACAAUCUCAAUCUGGUAGUGGCAAUAAUCAGCAGCAAACGGGCGUUAGUGCACAAUAA